AUGAACCCAGCCGCACCACCACCAACAGGAGCACACCUCGCACCAGAUGCUUCUCCCUUACAUCCACCAUCGGUGAUGCACAACACCAGGAUAUUGUCAUCCCUAGGUACACUCUCAGCAUGCUUUUCAGGUCUCAUAUCAGGUAUUUUGGGCUUCACAAACCUCAACGGAUUCUUGCUGUACCUCAUCUCAUCGAUAUUCACCUCGUUUAUCCUACUGGUGUUGAAAUGCAAUUUCGACGUCAGACGUUAUAUCCCCCAAGCUCAUUCGAAUACUUCAUCGUCAGAUAGUCAAAGUAGUGGAUCAGGUGGAGGAAAGAGCAUAGAAUGGAAAGGAUAUUGGGCGUUGACGGGUAUAAAUCAAGAGAAUUUAUUGGGGUUCUUGUUAUUCUGGAUAGGCAGUUUCGCUUUGAUACAUGUGUACGACUGA